CGUUAAUACUUGUAGCAACAAAAAUAUAAAUGGUAAAUAUCGGAAAAGAUCCCUGUUGUUCCUAAUUUAUCAUUAAAUAAUAUUAAUUUAUUUCUUUAUGCGUGUUAAAAUCUUUCGGAUAAAAUAUAUUUAAUGUUCGUAAUAAAAAAUGAAAUUAUGAUUUCGUUGCAAUAAAUAUUGCACUAAAUUAUUCUUGAAAAGUACAUUGUUGUUAGUUUGGAUAGAUUUGAUUAUUUAGCGAUUGAUUUGACGCGCGCCUUAAGGCAAGUCGAUUGCAUAUGGCGAUCAGUGUAUAUCGGACGUUUGGAGUAUUUUGAUGAUACUUUUUUUUUACUUAUUUGCGAAAAGUAUCCAGAGAUACUAGUGCUAAGUGAAUUUAAAAGCGUGAUCAAUUUCUUCUACGACCAGAUAAUGAUAUGGGGGAGAAAUAGGAUGUUGUAAAGAGUGUAGCGGCGUUUUUCAUAACCUCAAAAAGCAGCAGCGAACUACUUUCGUGCAGAUAAAAAUGCCACCAGCAAAGAAGACUGAUUUAGACAAAUUAGCAUGGGCUUGGAUAGAAGGUGUUUUACCAGAUCAAAUAGAGAAGAUACACUUGGAAACUGCAUAUAGGAUAGGUUUAAAAUCAUGUAAAAAUUGCAAACGCAAUUGCACAAAUAAUCCACAAUGUCUAACAGGACUAGGCGAAGAAAAGUAUAUGAAGUCACAACCUGUAGAAGUAAUGUCUUUAGAAAGUUCUUUAUCCGAAUUACGGGAUCCUACAGAGUAUGUUGGUUUAAAGAAUCUAGGUGCAACUUGUUAUGUUAACAGUUUAAUACAAAUGUGGUUUCACAAUGAAGAUAUGAGGAGGAUAAUAUACAAAUGGAACAUCACAGACGAUCCGGAAGAAAGGGAAGCUGUGUGUCAAGCUAAGAAGGCAGGACUACCGUAUCAUCCAGUGACAGCAGUUGGACAGUUGCAAUAUAUAUUUGCGAUGAUGCAAUUCGGGAAUCGGCGCCUUCUUGAUCCAAUGAAUCUCGCUGUCGCGUUGUCGUUGGAUACUAGAACUCAGCAGGAUGCACAGGAAUUCUCCAAGCUACUCCUCUGUCAUAUGGAAGGGAAACUGCAACAAACCGCAGAACUGAAGCAGAUGCUGCAGGAGCUGACUCAAGGAAAAUACAGCUAUAUCAAUUGUUGUUCGAAAUGCGGUACCGAAUACCCAACGUCCACUACGUUCUACGAGUUGGACCUGCAGCUCGCAGCUACUCUCAAGGAGGCAAUAGAAAAAUACUUGUCUGUGGAGCAACUUACUGGACCAAAUCAAUAUCAUUGCGUUACCUGCAACGACAAAGAGGAUGCGCGACGUUUUAUACGUUUGGAAUCUCUUCCAGAAACGUUGAACAUACAGUUGAUGCGUUUCGUGUUCCAUAGGGAUUCUGGACAAAAAAGAAAGCUGAAUUCUUUUAUACAGUUUCCAGAAGAUCUUGAUAUGUCCGAGUAUGUAAGAUAUCCACCACAAUCUAAGUUGUACAGUCUUGUCGCGGUCUUAAGCCAUAAAGGUCCAUCUGCGCAUUCGGGCCAUUACAUUGCCAAUAUAUGUAAUUCAAACGGAGAAUGGUACCAAUUUAGCGACGAUAAAGUUGAAAAAAUGCAGAACAAGAGGAUCGAAGAUAGCGUUAAUGAUACUUCGAAAAUUGUAAGACGCGGACGGGUACCAAAAGGUUUUCUUUCAUCUAAUACCGCGUACAUGUUAGUUUAUAAGAAAGUUACUACCGAGUGGCGGAUGAACAACGCGAAGAAAAUAAAAUCGAAGAAAGCGGAAACAGAGACUAAUAGCGAUAGCACAGAGAUGUGUGUCGAUAAAGAGAAAGGAGACUCAUCGGACGAAGGACAACGUAAAAAUGGACAAGAUUCUGCUGUUCCUGAUUCAAGCGGAUCCGAGGAAGUAGUGAUACUGGGUACAGUGAAUAAAAUGGACGUCGAAAUGGACAUAUCGUCUCCUCAAGACGUUAGUGCACAGGAAAAAAUAACUUCUAUGAUGGUGGAUUGUAGCACCGACGAGCAAAAUGGAAGACACUACGAAUCCGACAAUAAAGAAGAUCAACAAGAAUUGCAAACGAAGAAACCGUUUGCAAAAAAUGCAAAAGUAGACUACAGGCAGCUGAAUGGUGCUGCGCAUAGAGCCAUGAGCUGCGGGGAACGUGACUUUUACGAAGAGAUGGAGUUUGAGAAUUGGGAAGUCAGUCCUACUUUGCGCGAUUUAGUGAGGCAAGAAAAUGUGAAGUACGAAUUAAGUUUAUUAGCGAUUCAACAAGAAAAACAAAAGGAGAUCGAAGAUCAGAACCUAAAGAGACAGCUCGUUAUAGACGUGUAUAAUAUCGUUUUCAACGCAGUCAGUUGGGAAGAAUAUCAGUGGAUACCCACGGAUUGGUUGUCAAAAUGGCUCAACGGCCACUCAUCCACCGAUGGAGUGCCACCGAUCGACAAUUCCACUUUGAUGUGUUCGCAUUAUCGACUGGAUCCGUUGAAGGUAAAUCGUGCGAAGUGCCUGCCGCUAUUGGCUGCGGAAAUGGUGUAUGGAAAAUAUCGCGGAGGACCACGAUUGGAUCAGAACUCUCUCUGCGAAGUUUGCGUGAAGCGUCGAUACAAGCUACUCCGUUUCAAAAUGUCACUUGAACGCGAUCAUAAGGAAGUCAACGAACUUGUACGAAAUUUCAAAGAGCCAACCGAGACGAGCUAUAUCGUGGGUGCUGAUUCGUUGAAGUCCUGGCGGAGACUCGCUAUGGAGAAGUUCACCGAAGACUUGGAGCAGGAAAUAGAGAACGAAGACUGUCGAGACCCGAACGGUCCUCGAGCCGACAGCACAGCCGCGAGGAAAGAAGAUGAGACGUCGAAGGAAAUCGAGGAGAGCGAAGAAAACGAGGUUAUAAUCUACUUCAACGAGGACUUGCUUUGCGAGCACAACUCGCUAAAGACGCCAGACUCGUCGAGAAAAGUAGUACCCGGCGAAGCCUGGACUAUUCUCCGGAAGUACUUUCCGGAGUCCAAAGAAUACCCGAUCGGAUCUGGAUCCUGCUCAAUCUGCGAAGAAAAGAUGGAGAACGCGCAGAAAGCGAAGAAAGACGUCAAGAUAAAGGCGAAGCAACAAAAGGAUGAGCUGAACGAGUUGUAUCACGCGAGAAAUAGAAAUGAGAUAAUGAAGUGCGAGGAUCCGGAGAAGAAGUUCUACAUCGUGGAGAAGAGCUUCUUGGACAGUUGGCGGUCCUUUGUUCGAUAUGCUGAAGUGUUUUCGAAAGCACCACCCGUUGGAAUAAGGAACGCUACGCUGCUCUGCGAACUGCACAAAGGAUUCCUCUAUUCGCCAACAUUUAACAACGAUUUAUACACCAUAGUAACUGCCGAGGAGUGGUCGAAGUUGAUGCAGUUUUACGACGUCGAUUAUCCAGUCAUCAUCAAGAGGACUGGUUCCGAUUUUUACACAGAUCCAAGUCUUUGCGCGGCGUGCAUGUUGGCGCGAGUGGAGCAAGAACGUCUGGAGAGUUUGAAGUACGAUAGGGCGACGAUUUACGUAAAGUGCGUGGAGGAGAACGAGGACCCGAAGACGGACAACCAAUUGGAGGUCAGUGAGAAGAAAAGAGUAAAAGUGGCUGCAAAGAAACCCAAGAUAGAAAAUACUAGGCCGUCGAGAACUCGGAGGAACCUGAAGGGAUCCCACGAACUCAAAGUUUCUUCGGAGAUCACCCUCAAGGAGCUCAAAUUAAUGACGAUGCAGAUAUGCGGCGCAGGACCAUACGAUCAACACCUGAUGCUAGGCGAACAUGAGCUUACCGAUCAUAGUCAGAGUCUAGCGGCGCUUGGGAUAUUCCCCGGGGCACUUCUCACCUUGAAGAUCGACACGCCGAUAGAAAACGAGGCUGACGUCACGGCGGACGCGAACAAUCCCGAGGUCACCUCACCGGAAAAGGGUUUCAAGGGGACGGAAUUGGUGCCGAGCUGAUUUGCAUCAUCGAGGAUCAGGGGAUAGCCAAUUACCGUGUGGCGGGACGUUCAAUAAUGAUAGUCGAUUAAAUAUAAAAUAUUUUUGUACACGAGUUAUAAUAUUCUAUAUAUAAUAUAUACAUAUAUAUAUAUAUAUAUAAUACGUAUAAUAUGUAUGUACAGGGAGCGGCCGAAUAACAUGUACUAGCGGACACGAGGUGGUGUUCCUUAUGAAAAAAUAAAAACAAAAUGUACAAGAAAACUUUUUCAUUUGAAGCUUAGUUUUUCAGAAAAUCGAGUUUGAAAAUCUUAUUCGUACGUAUGCUUAUAAACAAUGUCUACCUAUCAUUUAAAAGUUAUUGAGUUCAAGAAAAAAUACACACAAGACUUUUAACGAACAACAUUUUAUUUUAUCAAUUACGCAAUCUAGCCGUAACAGCAUACGUAAUAGCAUGAACAAAUUUUAUUCCAUAUUUUGUUCUUAUUUUUUGAUAAGGAACCACCUCGUGCCCGCUAGUACAUGUUAUUCGGCCACACCCUGUAUAUUAUAUUAUACGAGCUAAUUAGCAUACGUCAUCGAGGACAAGAAAUUGGGAAGAUAGUGUAUUGUUUUCUCUUAAUUAUUGCUAUUAUUAUUGAUAGUAUAACUAAUAUUACUAUGACUAUUAUUAUUAUUGUUAUUAUUAUUAUUAAUUAUUAUUAUUAAUUAUUAUUAUUAUUAUUAUUAUUAUUAUUAUUAUU